AUGCCUAAACUCCUACAAGGCAUCAUCACUGUCAUUGAUGUUUUCUACCAAUAUGCCACCCAGCAUGAGGAGUAUGAUAUGUUGAACAAGGCAGAGCUGAAAGAACUUCUGGAAAAUGAGUUUCAUCAAAUUCUGAAGAAUCCGAAUGAUCCAGAUACUGUGGAUAUCAUCUUGCAAAGUCUGGAUCGAGACCAUAACAAGAAAGUGGAUUUUACGGAGUAUCUUCUGAUGAUAUUCAAGCUGGUUCGGGCUCAUAAUAAAAUCAUUAGCAAAGAUUACUGCCAAGCUUCAGGGUCAAAGCUGAGAGACGACAGUCACCAGCACCAAGAGGAACAAGAAGAAACAGAAAAAGAGGACAAAUGGCAAGAAUCCUCUUCUAGUCAUUCAAGUUGGAGUGCAGGAGAGAAUGAUUCCCAUUCCAGGAACGUCAGAGGAAGCAUUACACAUGGGCCUGAAUCCAUAUCCAGAAGACUGAGUUUUCAAAGAGACUUUUCUGGCCAAAAUGACUCCUGCUCAGGUCAGUCUUCCAGGUAUGGUCAGCAUGAGUCUGGCUCCCAUCAGUCUCCAGGACACGGCCAACGUGGGUCUCACUCAGGGCAGUCUCCCACCUAUGGUCAACUUGGGUCUGGCUACAAACGGUCUUCCAGCAGUGGGCCACAUGGGUCUGGCUCACGCCAGUCUUCUGCCUUUGGUCAACAUGAGUCUACCUCAGGGCAGUCCUCUGGACACAAUCAGCAUGGAUCUGGCUCAGGGCACUCCUUCAGCCAUGGGCAGCAUGGUUCUACAUCAGGACAGUCAUCAAGUUCUGGCCAGGAGGGAUCUAGCGCAGGCCAGUCUUCCAGCUACGACUACCAUGGUUCUGGCUCCAGUCAGUCUCCUGGCUAUGGCCGACACAGGGCUGGAUCAGGCCAGUCUCCUAGCCGCAGCCUACAUGGGUCUAGCUCCGGUCUGUCUUCCAACUGUGGCCCACAAGGGUCUGGCUCAGGCCAGUCUUCUGGCUUUGGUCAAUACGAGUCUAGCUCAGAGAAGUCCUCUGGUUACAGUCAGCAUGGAUCUGGCUCAGGUCACUCCUCCGGCUACGGAAAACACGAAUCUAGGUCACGACAGUCAUCUAGGGGAGAACAACAUGGAUCUAGCUCAGGUUCAUCUUCUACCUAUGGUCGACAUGGGUCUGGCUUUCAUCAGUCUUCGGGCCACGGCCGACACAGGUCUGGAUCUGGCCAGUCGCCUACCCCUAGCCACGGCCGACAUGGGUCUGGCUCAGGGCAGUCUUCCAGCCGUGGCCCAUAUGAGUCUGGCUCAGGUCACUCAUCUGGCUUAGGUCAACAUGAGUCUCUCAUCUGGCUUAGGUCAACAUGAGUCUCGCUCUUCAGACAGUCCUCUGGCUACGGUCAAGGAUCUAGCUCGGGUCACUCCCUUACCCAUGGGAAACAUGGUUCUACAUCAGGACACUCAUCAAGCUGUGGCCAACAUGGAGCUAGCUCAGGUCAGUCUUCCAGCCAUGGUCAGCAUGGCUCUGGCUCAAGUCUAUUCUGCCAUGGCCGAAAGGGCUCUGGAUCUGGCCAGUCUCCCUAGUCGGGCCGAUGGGUCCAGAUCCGGCACUCUUCUAGCUACGGCCAACAUGGGUCUGGCUCAGCUUCGUCUUCCAGCCGUGGCCCAUAUGAGUCUGGUUCAGGUCACUUUUCUGGCUUUUAAGUCAACAUGAGUCUGGCUCAGGACAGUCCUCUGAUACAGUCAGCACAGAAGGUCUCAGGGCACUCCUCUAGCCAUGGACAGCAUGGUUCUACAUCAGGACACUCAUUAAGCUUUGGCCAGGAGGGAUCUAGCACAGGCCAGUCUUCCAGUUACGGCCACCAGAGCUCUGCCCAGUCAGUCUUCUCCGGAUACGACCGACAUGGGGCUGGAUCUGCCAGUCUCCCAGCGUGCCAACAUGGGUCUGGUUCAGGGCAGUCUUCCGCCAUGACCACAUGGGUCUGGCUCAGACAGUCCUCUGGUUAUAGUCAGCACGAAGGGCUCAGCGCAUUGCCUAGCCAUGGACAACAUGGUUCCACAUGACAGUCCUCUCAAGCUUCGCCACAAGGAUCUAGCUCAGAGUCUUCCAGCUACGGCCAGCAGGGCUCUGGCUCACAUCAGUCUUCGGGCCAUGGCCGACAUGGGUCUGGAUCUGGCAGGUCUCCUAGCCACGGUCGAAAUGGGUCCAGUUGCACUACCCUGCCACGCCAACAAGGAUCUGGCUCAGGUUGUUCCUCCAGCCGUGGCCAUUAUGAGUCUGGCUCAGCCAGUCUUCUGGGCUUUGGGCAACAUGAGUCAGGCUCCAGCCAAACCUCUGGCUAUAGUCAGCAUGGUUCUGGCUCAGGUCACUCCUCUAGCCAGGGACGACAUGGAUCUACAUCAGGGCAUUCAUCAAGCUCUGGCCAACAUGGCUCUAGCUCAGGUCAGUCUUCCAGCUAUGGUCAGCAUGAGUCUGGCUCCCAUCAGUCUUCGGGUCACGGCAGACAUGGGUCUGGAUCUGCCAGGUCUUCUGGCUAUGGCCGACAGGGCUCUGGAUCUGGCCAGUCUCCUAGUCGCGGCCGACAUGGGUCCGGUUCCGGGCACUCCUCUAGCUACGGCCAACAUGGAUCUGGUUCAGGUCACUCUUCUGGCUUAGGUCAACAUGAGUCUCGCUCAGGACAGUCCUCUGGCUACGGUCAACAAGGAUCUAAGCCUGGUCACUCUACCCAUGGGCAACAUGGUUCUACAUCAGGACAGUCAAUGGGCUGCCAACAUGGAGCUAGCUCAGGUCAGUCUUCCAGCCACGGUCAACAUGGCUCUGGCUCAAACUGGGGCUCCUCUGGCUAUGGCCGACAGGGGCUCUGGAUCUGCCAGUCUCCUAGUCGGCCGUGGCUAUGGGUCCGGGCUCCGGGUAAUUUUUCUAGCGCACAAGCAACAUGGCUACGCCAUGGGUCUGGCUCAGGUCGCUCUUCCAGCCGUGGCCCAUAUGAGUCUGGUUCAGGCCAAUUUGGACAGCCAACAUGGGAGUCUGGCUCAGGACAGUCCUCAGGAUACAGUCAGCACGGAAGCUCAGGGCAGCCCUCUAGCCAUGGACAACAUGGUUCCACAUCAGGACAGUCCUCAAGUUUUCGCCACAAGGACUUGCUCAGGCAGUCUUCCAGCUACGGUCAGCAGGGCUCUGGCUCACAUCAGUCUUCGGGCCAUGGCCGACAUGGCCCUGGAUCUGGCAGGCUCUCUAGCCACGGUCGAAAUGGGUCUAUCUUCUGGCUUUGGGCACAUGAGCUGGGCUCAGCACAGUCCUCUGGCUAUAGUCAGCAUGGUUCUGGCUCAGGUCACUCCCUCUAGCCAGGACGACAUGGAUCUACAUCAGAUUCAUCAAGCUCUGGCCAACAUGGCUCUAGCUCAGGUCAGUCUUCCAGCUAUGGUCAGCAUGGAUCUGGCUCUACUGUGUCUUCGGGUCACGGCAGACAUGGGUCCAUCUGGAUCUGGCCAGUCUCAGGCCACGGGCCACGUGGGUCUGGGUCAGGCACUCAGGUCAGCUCCUCCAGCCACGGUCAAUAUGGCUCUGGCUCAAAUCAGUCUUCUGGCUAUGGCCGACAGGGCUCUGGAUCUGGCCAGUCUCCUAGCCGCGGCCAACAUGGGUCUGGCUCAGGUCGUUCUUCAAGUCAAGGCCAACAUGGGUCUGGCUCAGGUCGCUCUUCCAGCCGUGGCCCAUAUGAGUCUGGUUCAGGUCACUCUUCUGCUUUGGGUCAACAUCAGUCUGGCUCAGGACAGUCCUCAGGAGGCAGUCAGCACGGAAGUGGCUCAGGGCACUCCUCUAGCCAUGGACAACAUGGUUCCACAUCAGGACAGUCCUCAAGCUUCGGCCACAAGGACUUAGCUCAGCAGUCUUCCAGCUACGGUCAGCAGGGCUCUGGCUCACAUCAGUCUUCGGGCCAUGGCCGACAUGGGUCUGGAUCUGGCAGGUCUCCUAGCCACGGUCGAAAUGGGUCCAGUUCGGCCAGGACGAGCAUGGAUCUACAUCAGGCAUUCAUCAAGCUCUGGGCCAACAUGGCUCUAGCCAGCCGUCUUCCAGCUGUCAGUAUGAGUCUGGCUCCCAUCAGUCUUCGGUCGCGCAGACAUGGGUCUGGAUCUGGCCAGUCUUCAGGCUGCGGCCGACGUGGGUCUGGCUCAGGGCAGUCUCCCAGCUAUGGCCAACAUGGGUCUGGGCCAGGAUCUAGCUCGGUCACUCCUUUAACGGCGGCACAUGGUUCUACAUCAGGACAGCUCACUGGUUGUGGCCAACAUGGAGCCAGCUCAGGUCAGUCUUCCAGCCACGGCCGAAACGGCUCUGUCACAAAUCAGUCCCAGUCUCCUAGUCGUGGCCGACAUGGGUCCGGUUCCGGCACUCUUCUAGCCAUGGCCAACAGCGGGUCUGGCUCAGGUCGUUCUUCAACUACGGCCAACAUGGGUCUGGCUCAGGUCGCUUCUUCCAGCCGGGCUCAUAUGAGUCUGGUUCAGGUCACUCUUCUGGCUGGUCAAUAUGAGUUCCGGUUUGUGACAGUCUCAGGAUACAGCCACGGAAGGGUCAGGCACUCCUCUAGCCAUGGACAACAUGGUUCCACAUCAGGACAGUCCUCAAGCUUCGGCCAAGGGAUCUAGCCUAGGCAGUCUUCCAGCUACGGUCAGCAGGGCUCUGGCUCACAUCAGUCUUCGGGCCAUAGUCACAUGGGUCUGAUCUGCAGGUCUCUAGCCACGGCUCAAAAUGGGUCCGGUCGGGUACCUGGCCACGGCCAACAAGGAUCUGGCUCAGGUUGUUCCUCCAGCUGUGGCCACAGGAGUCUGGCUCAGCCAGUCUUCGGCUUUGGGCAACAUGAGUCAGGCUCAGCACAGUCCUAUUAUAGCCAGCAUGGUUCUGGCCUCAGUUCGGGUCGCUGCAGACAUGGGUUCACCUGGCUAGUCUUCAGCCACGCCGACGGGUCUGGGUCAGGGCAGUUCCCAGCUAUGAACAAUAUGGGUCUGGCUCAGGUCGCUUCAAGUCAGUCUUCUGGCUACGGCCGACAGGGCUCUGGACUGGCUGUCUCCAGUCGCUGCCGACAUGGGUCCGCUCCGCACUUUCUAGCUACGGCUAACACGGGUCUGGCUCAGGUCGUUUCUUCCAGCCGUGGCCCAUAUGAGUCUGGUUCAGGUCACUCUUUCUGGCUUAGGGUCAACAUGAGUCUCGGGCCAGGACAGUCCUCUGGCUACGGUCAACAAGGAUCUAGCCUGGCCACUCCUUUACCCAUGGGCAAACAUGGUUCUACAUCAGGACAGUCAUCAAGCUGUGGCCAACAUGGAGCUAGUUGUGGUCAGUCUUCCAGCCACGGUCAACAUGGCUGCUCAAAUCAGUCUUCUGGCUAUGGCCGACAGGGCUCUGGAUCUGGCCAGUCUCCUAGUCGUGGCCGACAUGGGUCCGGUUCCGGGCACUCUUCUAGCUACGGACAACAUGGGUCUGGCUCAGGCUGUUCUUCAAGCUGCGGCCGACAUGGUCCGGGUUCCACUCUAGCUACGUCAUCUGGCUUUGGUCAACAUGAGUCUGGCUCAGGACAGUCCUCAGGAUACAGUCAGCACGGAAGUGGCUCAGGCACUCUCUCUCUAGCCAUGGACAACAUGAAUUCCACAUCAGGACAGUCCUCUCAAGCUUCGGCCACAAGGAUCUAGCUCAGGCAGUCUUCCAGCUACGGUCAGCAGGGCUCUGGCUCACAUCAGUCUUCGGGCCAUGGCCGACAUGGGUCUGGAUCUGGCAGGUCUCCUCAGCCACGGUCGCAAUGGGUCCAGUUCGGCACUACCCGGCCACGCCAUCAAGGAUCUGGCUCAGGUUGUUCCUCCAGCCGGUGGCCAUAUGAGUCUGGCUCAGGCCAGUCUUCUGCUUUGCAACAUGAGUCAGGCUCAGCACAGUCCUCUGGCUAUAGUCAGUAUGGUUCUGCCUCAGGUCACUCCUCUAGCCAGGGACGACAUGGAUCAUCAGGGCAUUCAUCAAGCUCGGGCCAACAUGGCUCUAGCUCAGGUCAGUCUUCCAGCUAUGGUCAGCAUGAGUCUGGCUCCCAUCAGCAGUCUCCCAGCUAUGGCCAACAUGGGUCUGGCUCAGGUCGUUCUUCAAGUCAGUCUUCUGGCUACGGCCGACAGGGCUCUGAAUCUGGCCAGUCUCCUAGUCGCGUCGAUAUGGGUCCGCUCCGGCACUCUAGCUACUGCCAACACGGGUCUGGCUCAGGUCGCUCUUCCAGCCGUGGCCCAUAUGAGUCUGGUUCAGGACAGUCAUCAAGCUGUGGCCAACAUGGAGCUAGCUCAGGUCAGUCUUCCAGCCACGGUCAACAUGGCUCUGGCUCAAAUCAGUCUUCUGGCUAUGGCCGACAGGGCUCUGGAUGCCAGUCUCCCUAGUCGUGGCGAUAUGGGUCCGGUUCCGGGCACUCUUUCUAGCCACGCCAACAUGGGUCUGGCUCAGGUCGUUUCUUCGGUCAGUCUGCUGGCUAUGGCCGACAGGGCUCUGGAUCUGGCCAGUCUCCUAGUCGCGGCCGACAUGGGUCCGGUUCCGGGCACUCUUCUAGCUACGGCCAACAUGGGUCUGGCUCAGGUCGUUCUUCCAGCCGUGGCCCAUAUGAGUCUGGUUCAGGUCACUCUUCUGGCUUUGGUCAACAUGAGUCUGGCUCCAGACAGUCCUGAUACAGUCAGCACGGAAGUGGCUCAGGGCACUCCUCUAGCCAUGGACAACAUGGUUCCACAUCAGGACAGUCCUCAAGCUUCGGCCACAAGGGAUCUAGCCUAGAGUCUUCCAGUCAUUGUCAGCAGGCUCUGGCUCAUAUCAGUCUUCGGCCAUACUGACAUGGGUCUGGAUCUGGCAGGCUUCCUAGCCACGGCCGAAAUGGGUCCAGUUCGGGCACUACUCCCGGCUACGGCCAACAAGGAUCUGGCUCAGGUUGUUCCUCCAGCCGUGCACAUGAGUCUGGCUCAGGCCAGUCUUCUGGCUUUGGGCAACAUGAGCCGCCCAACAGUCCUCUGGGCUAUAGUCAGCAUGGUUCUGGCUCAGGUCACUCCUCUAGCCAGGGACGACAUGGAUCUACAUCAGGCAUUCAUCAAGCCUGGGCCAACAUGGCCCUAGCUCAGGCUGGUCUUCCAGCUGAUGGUCAGUAUGAGUCUGGCUCCCAUUGGUCUUCUGGCUACGGCCGACAGGGCUCUGAAUCUGGCCAGUCUCCUAGUCGCCGGCGGGUCCGGUUCCGGCACUCUUCUAGCUACGGCCAACACGGGUCUGGCCUAAUGCCCAGCCGUGGCCCAUAUGAGUCUGGUUCAGGUCACUCUUUCUGGCUUAGGUCAACAUGAGUCUCGCUCAGACAGUCCUCUGGCUACGGUCAACAAGGAUCUAGCCUGGUCACUUCCUUACCCAUGGGCAAAUAUGGUUCUACAUCAGGACAGUCAUCAAGCUGUGGCCAACAUGGAGCUAGCUCAGGUCAGUCUUCCAGCCACGGUCAACAUGGCUCUGGCUCAAUCAGUCUUGGCUAUGGCCGACAGGGCUCUGGAUCUGGCUAGCCCCCUGGCUACGGCCAACAUGGGUCUGGCUCAGGUCGUUUUUCAAGUCAUCGCCGACAUGGGUCCGGGUUCCGGCACUCUUCUAGCUACGGCCAACAUGGGUCUGGCUCAGGUCACUCUUCUGGCUUUGGUCAACAUCAGUCUGGCUCAGGACAGUCCUCAGGAUACAGUCAGCACGGAAGUGGCUCAGGGCACUCCUCUAGCCAUGGACAACAUGGUUCCACAUCAGGACAGUCCUCAAGCUUCGGCCACAAGGGAUCUAGCUCAGGGCAGUCUUCCAGCUACGGUCAGCAGGGCUCUGGCUCACAUCAGUCUUCGGGCCAUGGCCGACAUGGGUCUGGAUCUGGCAGGUCUCCUAGCCACGGCCGAAAUGGGUCCAGUUCGGGGCACUUCCCCGGCCACGGCCAACAAGGAUCUGGCUCAGGUUGUUCCUCCAGCCGUGGCCAUUAUGAGUCUGGCUCAGGCCAGUCUUCUGGCUUUGGGCAACAUGAGUCAGGCUCAGCACAGUCCUCUGGCUAUAGUCAGCAUGGUUCUGGCUCAGGUCACUCCUCUAGCCAGGGACGACAUGGAUCUACAUCAGGGCAUUCAUCAAGCUCUGGCCAACAUGGCUCUAGCUCAGGUCAGACUUCCAGCUUUGGUCAGCAUGAGUCUGGCUCCCAUCAGUCUUCGGGUAGCGGCAGGUGUGGGUCUGGAUCUGGCCAGUCUUCAGGCCGCAGCCGACGUGGGUCUGGGUCAGAGCAGUCUGCCAGCUACGGCCAACAUGGGUCUGGCUCUGGGCAGUCCUCUGGUUAUAGUCAGCAUGGUAGUGGCUCAGGGGCAGGUGGGUAUUCUUAUUGCAAAGGAGGAAGUAACUCUGAAGGUGAAAGUUCUUGCUCAGAUUUUCUCAGUUUUCAUAGUAGGACUUCACCCUAUGAAUAUAUCCAAAAGCAGAGGUGCUACUUUUAG